UUCGAAAACACUGGUUAACUUGAAAUAUCACUGCUGAAUGGAGUAAAUUUUGUUGUUGUUUACUUUACAUUCAGUUUGCACUGUGUCAUUUAUUUAAAAAAGGAACCAAUGGUUGAAUACCGAUACUAUUUAUAUGUAUAUUUAUUUUUUUGUUAGAAGUAGUUAAUGAUUUUAUUCAGAUAUUUUAUUCCUUAAUAAAAGACAGGAAAUAGAAUGCCACAUUCAAAAAGAAUACAAAAUUCCGUUUUGUAUUCUUUACUUGUUAUAUUCUGUACUGUCUGAAGAAAAAGUAAUAGAUCCAGAAGAAUCAAAGGAAGCUAACUCAUUAAUUAUUCAAAUUUUUAAAUACUUUUUAUUAACGUGCACAAUGACUGUAUUGUGAAUGGUCAAAUACACCAUAGUUGCCAUCAUAAAUGUUUUUCAAAACCUUGUAUGUAAAUUCAAACAAAUUUUAAUUUUUGCAUCAAUAGGGAGGGCUUAAGCCCCUGUUGUUCCCUAGAAUCUGCAUCUGUAAAGUGUUGCUUUAUUUUAUUAAUCAAAUCAAAUAUAAAGAAAUUAUAAAAAUUCCAUCAUAAAAUUUUCUUUAAAAGGAAGCUCACCGCCUCCAUCAAAUAAAGAAAUAAGAUUAUAUGGAAUGCGGUUUUGCCCAUUUACUAAGAGAGUCCGUCUAGUCCUAACAGCCAAAGACAUUCCUUAUGACAUGAUUAACAUUAACUUAAGAAGCAAGCCCGAAUGGUUUUUAGAAAAAAAUCUUUCCGGUAAAGUUCCUUUGUAUGACGAAGGAGGAAAAUUGCUAACCGAUUCUGUUAUAAUAUGCGACUAUCUCGACGAUGCAUUUCCAGAUAAAAAACUUUAUCCCAGUGAUCCAUAUCUAAAAGCAAAAGACAAACUGAUGCUAGAAGUGUUUGGGAAGAUAUUAGGAAAAAUAUCCAAAGUUCUUCAUAAUGAGCUAAAGGAAGAGGAAUUUCCACAGUUCUGGUCAGAUAUAAUGGAACCAUUGACACAAUAUGAAAGUGAAUUAUCAUCUAGAGGUUCAUAUUUUGGAGGAAAGACACUGGGAAUGCUGGACUAUUUAAUUUGGCCCUGGUUUGAGAUCAUUCCUGCACUCUAUUUAAUUCGUCCUCAAUUAACAAAAUUUCCUAGUGAGAGUUAUCCUCUUCUUUCGAAAUGGAUAGAAGACAUGACUUUGAAUAAGUCUGUGAAAAGCGUGGCUGUGGAUCCGCAGACUUAUGCGGGAUUCUUGGCAACAUUGUUGAAAGGUUGUCCCAACUUUGAUUAUGGAUUGUGAUACGAAAUUUGAUAUGAAGAAAGAGGCAUAUUUUAAAUAAGGGGCAGUUAUUUUAUUUAUAUAAAAUAAAAUAUUUAUAGAAUUUCUGGAAUGGAACAAAGACAAUAAAUUCUUACUGUGAUCAUUAAAUUUGAAUAGAAAAUUCAUUGUAUUUCAAUGGAUGGAAUGAGAAAAUCGUUUUUUUUUUUUUUUUUGUGUUUAAGUAUCCGAUAAUCAUUCAAAUAUUUUACUUAGCAAUGGUACAAAACUUAUUUGUAAGGAUUUGUUGUCAAUAUUCUAAUUUUUGAUUGAAAUUAUGUUUACAUUAUAUACAAUAAAUAUUCAUGUUUUUGAGCAA